AUGGUUGCGGCGAUGGAGGUGCGUCCACACCUCCUCCUCGUCCUUCUCUGCCUCCUCGGCGCCGGCGCCGGAUCAUGCGUGGCGCAGACUUUGCCGCCGGCGCCGGUGCCGCAGUCCGGGGCGGCGGCGGCGCCGAGGCCCACGCCGUUCGGGCGCACCAUGUCCACGGUCAUCACCGUCGCCAUCAGCGUCUUCUUCUUCCUGCUCUUCUUCUGCGCCUACAUCAACCAGUGCCGCCUCGCCGAGAACGCCGCGCCGCAGGGGGCGGCGGCCGCCGCGGCCGGGGCCGGGGCGUCCAGGCGGGGGAAGCGCGGGCUGGACCCGGCGGUGGUGGCCACGUUCCCGAUCAUGCAGUACAGGGAGAUCAAGGAGCACAAGAUCGGCAGGGGUGUGCUGGAGUGCGCCGUGUGCCUCACGGCGUUCGAGGAGGCCGACGACCUCCGGCUGCUGCCGCACUGCUCGCACGCCUUCCACCCCGAGUGCAUCGACCCCUGGCUCGAGGCGCGGAUCACGUGCCCGCUCUGCCGCGCCAACCUCGAGAAGCCGCCGCCGCCGCCGCAGCCGUCCGCCGUGGCGCCCCCGUCGCCCGAGCAGGUGGCGCGGCGUCAGCCCUCGCCUUCGCCGUCCCCGCCGCACGCCGUGGCGAUACCGGUUCGGGAGGAGGAGGAGGAGAGCGACGAGGAUGACCGGAAGGAGGAGGCGAUGGAGCUGGAGAUGCUGCGCAGCGAGCGGCGGGCGGCGAGGCUGCCGAGGUCGCACUCGACGGGCCAUUCGCUCUUCGCGGCGUCGGCCGCCGCCGCGGAGCGGAGCGACCACGAGAGGUUCACGCUGCGGCUGCCGCACCACGUGAGGGAGCAGGUGCUGAGGUCGCGCCGCCUGCGCCACGCCACCAGCCUGAUCGACUUCGCCGGAGCGAGUCCCGAGGGGAGCGUGCGCGGAGGCCGGCCCGCGGGCGGCGGCGGCAGCAGCCACGGCGGGCGGCGGUGGCAGGCGUUCCUGGCGAGGACGAUGUCGUGGGCCCGAGGGGGAGGCGACGGGUCGGUGCGGAAGGGGUGGGACGGGUCCACCCGGCGGGGAAGGGACGACGCCGAGUCGAGCAGAAAGGGGGCCGCUUCGCCGGCGCCGGCGCCGGCGCGGCCAUGA